ACAGGUAUCUCGUUAUUGGGUACACCAACGGAGAUUUAUGUACAUGGCACAAGUUAUCUAUUCUUGUGUUGUACGGCCUUCUUUGUCACCUUUGCCACGUCUGUCGUAUAUCUGCCAGUUUUUCACGAGCUCAAACUCACCAGCACUUAUGAAUACCUCGAGAAGCGUUUCGAUAAAAGAAUAAGAUUGCUAGGUUCAGUCCUCUUUGCCAUCAGUAUUAUAACUUGGCUUCCGAUUGUCAUCUACGUACCUGCAUUGGCCUUCAAUCAAGUCACCGGAGUAAAUGUACACAUAGUUACACCCUUUGUAUGCAUCGUUUGCAUAUUUUACACCUGUGUGGGUGGCCUCAAGGCAGUAGUAUGGACAGAUUUCUUUCAGACUUUUAUUAUGUUCGGCUCCAUGUUGUUAAUUACAAUUAAGGGAACAGUGGAUGUUGGUGGAUUGUCGCUAGUAAUUCGAAGAAAUCUGGAAUCCGGAAGACUCGAAUUACCUACGUACGUGCAUUAAACGAUAACUUUACCUAAUUGAUAACGAUACAAUAAUAAAUCUGUUCGUGUUACUUGCAUUCUAUACAUACUUCAUUCUUUCUCUCUUUAAUGUUCGAACAUACAUUCCAUCUAGUUUUAGAUAAAGAAAGUAUUAAAGACACAGUGUCAUUAGGGGAGACACUCGGAAGAGCUAAAAA